AUGGGAUCCUCUUCAAUUUCGUCUUGUUUCUCAAAGCUUGAUGAGGUACCACUCGAUCCUCAUUACUCACUGAAAGAAGACUUUGAAAAUGAUGCCGAUCCCAUCAAGGUGAUCUUGGGAUCGGGUAUCUAUCGAGACAAGAAUGGGAAGCCAUGGGUAUUGCCUACGGUUCAAGAAGCCGAAGUUCUAGUCGACAAUCUACAGGAUCCCGCCCGUUACGACUACCUUCCCAUCCCAGGAUAUGCACCAUUUUAUACCGCAGCACGGGAUUUAUUGUUUGGGAAUCUGGAAAAGCCAAAAAAUUACAUUGUCUCUCUCCAAACUGUGGCAGGGACAGGUGCAAACUCCCUUGGCGCCCGUUUCGUAUCCGAGGUCUUGAGGCCAUCUGCAGUGUGGCUAUCAGACCCGAGUUGGAUCAAUCACGCGAAUAUUUGGACAUUGAUGGGAGUGGAGGUGAAAUAUUACCCGUACUGGGACGCCGAGAAUAAGUGCUUGAGUUUUGAGAAGAUGGUUCAAGCUCUGACACAAGAGGCCAUGCCCGGAGAUGCAAUCGUACUUCAUGGCUGUGCCCAUAACCCGACAGGGGUUGAUCCAACGAAAGACCAGUGGAAAGCAAUUGCAGAAGUUUGUGAAGGCAGAGGGUUGUUCCCUUUCUUUGACUGUGCAUACCAAGGAUUCGCUUCCGGAGACUUGGACGAGGAUGCUUGGGCAUUGAGAUACUUCGCAUCUCGCGAUAACAUGGAGCUCGCAGUAGCCCAAUCUUUUUCAAAGAAUAUGGGCCUCUAUGGAGAACGCGUUGGGGCCUUGCAUGUUCUCACGGCUUCACCAGACGCUGCAUCAAAGGUGAAAGGGCAUCUCCUCCGUCUUCAGCGAGGGCUAGUCUCUCAACCACCCCAGAGAGGGGCAAUACUGGCGUCAAAAAUUCUUCGAAAUGACACACUAUUCAAGAAAUGGUUACUGGAUCUUUGUGAGAUGAGCUCGAGGAUGAAAGACAUGAGAAAAGCACUGCACAAGGAGAUGGUUUCUUUGGGAACGCCGGGAAACUGGGACCACAUAUUGAGUCAAAUUGGAAUGUUCUCCUACACAGGCCUCAGCGCUGCACAGGUAGAAGCCAUGCAGUCUGACAGUCACGUUUACAUCUUGAAGUCGGGACGAAUCUCAAUUGCAGGCUUAAACGAUUCAAACGUCAAAUAUGUGGCCCAGGCAAUCGACCGUGCCUUGAGAAUGGAGCUCAGAUAG